AUGAUGAACCCAGGAAUCGACGGUUCUGGGAGAAGCGGGGGGGCCGGCGGCUCGGGCCAGCGCAGUCCAGCUAUUCCGCGAUCUUCGCGGUCCGUUGGCGGAAUUGGAAUCGCCGCCUUUGGCGGGGGGAAAGGGGGGCGGAGUAGCGGAGCGGUAGGGAUUACCUCCGGCGUGUUAGGAAGCUCUGGCGGUGCGGCUGGUUCUGACGAAGCGCGGUUUUAUGAUCCAUACGGAGGCGCAGACGCGGCUUUUGGAAACGAGUGGGAAACUGCCGAACUUGGCAAGGCGUCUCGGCGAGCAGCUUCGGACGGCGAAGCAUCUGGUUUUGUUUCCAAACCUUCGAGUUUGAUCCGGUCCCGAACCUUAGACGCAGAUACGCUAUGCGGGGAGGAUGACGACGACCCUAAUAACGCAGGCUCGGGAUCCUCCCCAAGCAGGCCGUCAGGUCCGGAUGGGCCGGUUGGGAAUCCACGCCGCCGAGCCGAGCGAUCAGGUGCGGGAAACAGGCCUGGAACAGGGUCGUACCUGCCGAUAUACCGACAGAUUGGCGUUCCCCGUAGUUCCUCGCACGACCCCGCGAGUCUGUUCGCGCAGAAGCAGCAUCACGCCGGGUUCACCGUGCAGGAGUGGGAAGAAGCGCUUAAAGACGGCAGCGGCGGGGACAGCAGCGGACCGCCAAGCGGCGGAACGGGCUUCGGGCGGAGCAACAGCGGAGGGGGCGGGGGAGGGGGAGGAAGGGCGGCUGGGAGCGCAGUCCCGCGCGGAGGCGGCGGAGCCUCGGGAAUGCCGAGAGGUGGAGCUGGUGCGUCGCCGUUUUCCAUUCAGGGGAAGGUGGUAUCCGGGGCAGGGCGAUCUAUGAUGAUGCCUCCGCGCAACUCGUCCGUCCCCGCAGCGUUGCCCACGCAUAAAGGCACCGCCACGGGACUGCAAGACUCCGCGCGCGGAGGCGGCGGAGGCGGAAGGCAGCUCCGCGCGUUCGCGUCCGCCGCGCCAGGGCGCAUGGACGGCCCCGCUGCCCUGGGGUCGGAGCUGGGCCGGCGCGACUCGUACAACCUGAUUCUGGACCAGUUUCUGUCAACAGACGGAAACGCUAGCGGCCCAGAUUCGCCCGGUAUGGGAAUGGGUCCGGAGGAGAGGAGAGGACCGGCCGAAAUUGGCGGGGGGGUGGAGUUACGUAGGGUUGUAACGACGGGGAGGCAGCAGAGGGCGGAAAGGGGUGGAGCGGAUGUUUUGGUGGUAGAGUGCGGUGGAGAUGGUGGGAACGCGGACGGGAGUGUGCACGGCGGAGGUAGGAUGCAUGGAGGGAUUCGGCUGCAUGGAAGUAAUAGUUUCCACGGGCAACCGAGUAGCGGUGGUGCUGCUGGUGGGGGUUUCGAUGGCAGCAGCAGCACAACAGCGCCCACUGCCCCUGCUGCUGCUGCCGCUUCUGGUGGUGCUGCGUCAGCAAUAAGCCAGCCCCCCCACCACCCCGUGCACCACCCAGCAUAUAGGCAAUUCCCCCGUUCCUCUAGUGACAGCGGAAGGAAAUCGUCUCCUAGUCGUCGGAGCCCUAGCAGCAGCCCCAGCCGCGGCGUGGGGACCAUAGGCGGAAGCAACCUUGCGCCUCCCCCGCUCGUCUCCCCCCACCAUCUCUUGGACGGGGGCGCCGGGCUGGGUAUGGGUGGGCAUAGCGCUGCGAGCAGCUGGACUGGCGGAGGGAUGGGCGGAGGCGUUGUGGGGGGGUUUGGGGGAGCAGCAGCAGCAGGAGCAGGAAACAGUGUUCCGUUUCCGCGGUUGGCGGGAGCAGGGGCAGGGGGGGGGAGUAUGGCCGGGGGAGGGGGCACAGGGACAUCGCACAGGAGAGGGAAGAGUGAAUACGCCCUAAGUUCAGGGAAGAGGCUAUCAAGGCAGAGCUCUGGAUCCGUGGGGGAUGGUGUGGAUUACAGCAGCAGCUUUGAGAGCUACUCUACUGCUGCUGGCGCUGACGUGGCACGAGAUGGCACGGACGGGGACUCGGACCACGGGCAGGUUAACGGGCAGCGGAAACUCCGGGGGCAGGCGCUGGGAGGGAGUGGGAACGGGAGGCAGAAACACAGGCGAGCGGUUAGCGAUAACGAGUGUGCUCAACCAGGGGAGGUGGAGUCUGGGGAGGGGGAGGAGGGGGGAAGAGGGGGUGUGGGGGAGGGAUGGGCGGAUGGACAGGUAGAGAGGGGCAUGGGAGGGAGGAGAGGGGGCGGAGAGGGUGGAACAAUGCAUGGGGGUGGUUGGGAAGAGGGGGGUGAAGAUGGCGGGGCAGAUGUUGGGGAGAUUUCAUUUGGGCGGCAGCAAUCAGUGGCGGAGAUAGGGGGGAGUUGCGGAGGCAUGGGGGGAAGGGACGGGGAAAGGGCGGGGGAAGGGGGAGGGGAAGAAGACGGGGGAGGGGAGGAGGAGGAGAGUGACUCAGGCAGUGUGGUGGAGUGGGCUCUGGCAGGGUCGCCACAGAGCAUCUCGGCUGUAGCAGAGGCGGCAGAAGGGGGGAGGGGAGGUGGAGGGGUGGGCAAGCAGUAUGCGUUGACUGCGGACGACUGGCUUGACUACGACCCCCCUGGAGAUGCGCUGCUGAGGCGAUGCGUGCACCGGGCGUCUGGCACUCAGCUCAUGUGCCGCACGAUUUCCAAGCAGAGCAUUCGGUCGCAGCAGCAGGCGGAGGCCAUCGGGGUGGAGGUGGCAGUGAUGGAGGUGCUGCAGCCGCAUGCUCACAUCGUUGGGCUCAGAGACAAGUUCGAGAGCCUCACGUCCGUGCAUCUCAUACUGGAUCCCAUGGCGCGCCUCUCUCUGCACGACCGCAUGCGCCAGCACGGCCCCAUCCCUCAGCACCACGCAGCACCGCUCUGCCUCGCGCUGCUGCACGCGCUGCACCACUGCCACUCUCAGGGCGUGGCCCACCGCAACCUCACGCCCCAUGCUGUCGUGUUUCCCACUGAUGACAGCCCGCUGGGGGAUGCCCGGCUGAGUGGAUUCGAGUGGGCAGCGUUUGUCACCCCAGGAGUCCCCUUUUCAGACCCAGUGACCCUGCCCUUGUUCGCGGCACCGGAGGUGCACGCGGGAAUGUACGGCACACAGGCCGACCUCUGGUCCCUCGGGGUCCUGCUCUUCCUCCUCCUCUGCGGGGUCCCGCCCUUCUGGGCGGCCACGGGCGGCGGGAUUCGGCGGGCAGUGCAGCAGCAGCAGGUGGCGUUCCUGUCGCCCCGGUGGAAGGAGGUUUCCGAUGAAAUGAAGCAGCUGCUGCUGAUGCUGCUCGAGAAGAAUCCUUCCGACCGGCUCACAGCCGCCGAGGCUCUAGCAGAUGAAGCAGCUGCUGCUGAUGCUGCUCGAGAAGAACCCUUCAGACCGACUCACAGCCGCCGAGGCUCUAGCAAGGGAGGGGUGGGGAUGGGGGUGGCGGGCAGUGCAGCAGCAGCAGGUGGCGUUCCUGUCGCCCUGGUGGAAGGAUCAGGGGGGCUUCAGCAUGCAGUGCAGCAGCAGCAGGUGGCGGUCCUGUCCGCCAGGCGGAAGGACGUUUCGGAUGAGAUGAAGCAGCCGCUCAUGCUGCUGCUGAUGCUGCUGCUCGAAAAGAACCCCGCAGACCGGCUGACAGCUGCUGAGGCUCUAGAUGACACUGCUGCUGCUUCUCCUCGAGAAAAAUCACUCAGGAAGAAGACUCAUGGCCUCUGA